CUUUUUUUCCACCGUCAGAACGCUGCCCCUCUAUGGAACUACGCAUCGCAGCAACAGUAGACAUUCCAGUGCUUCGUUUUACAGCUGUUUGGCCUCAAAAGCUCAAGUCAGUCUGACUGGAUGGCUGGAAUCGAAUCACGAUGUCAACCUUACUCUCUUCCGUCUAUGAAAUUAUUAAGUUUGCCACUUCGAAUUCCCCUAUCGGUGUGGCUCGGCUUCCUCUGAUAAAAGGACCAAGAAGGCGGCGUUAAUGCUGGCUACACAUCGUUUCUUAGACCUUGACGUGCUACUGAGACGGACUAGUCAUGAUUGAAGAAGGGGUGUAUCAGAUUAAGAAUUUUGCAACCAACUCUGUUGUUCACACCUUCACUGAAGGUGAAAACGUGUUUGUCGCUCUCAUUCGUCGAGCUGACCCAGGGAAUUACGGAUUGUGGGAGGUUCUGUCACAUCCAACGUCGUCCCAUAUGCGUAUUUUCAAGAACAUUGCCCUUCAGAGCUCCAUUUCUGUUGGCGUCCAGGACGCCGGUGUUCAAACCAGCGGCAAGACUGUGCCAUUCGUUCUUCUAGAAGCACCGACAGGCUCGGAUGACUCGUGUCAUCAAGCUUUCAUCAUCAAACACCCUGACAGCGGUCUUGUGUGGACCAUCCCCAAGCUCCCUUUCAUUCGCGGACACGUUCAUCUUCGCCCGGAAAACGGCGCAGAGACGCAAAAGUGGAUCUUUGUCAAGCAGGAGGAGCACAAGAUGCCGUGAGUGGCCAUUACGACACGCGAUUUGGGGGGGGGGGGAUCGAUUGGGCAUGACUCACCGAUAUACUAUUAAGAAACGGGCAUGACACUCGAAGCUGGGUUGUAUUGGUGACGGUAGAGGGUGUCAUUACGCAGUAACAGCUAUAGAUGUUGAUAGGACUUAUUGGAAUUGGUGUAUACAGAAAUGACAUUUCAUUAUA